AUGUCUAGAUUUUCAUUCAUGGUCCGCGUGGUUUCCACAAUGCAUUAUCUCUAUUCCCACGGCAGUGUGAUGUACACACUCUUGUUUCUUUUUACUACCCUCGCCCGAGGUCAAACCACUACAAGACUACCGCCAGCACCCUCAUACAGCGAUGGUGUGUUUUCAAGUCCAAAUACCUACAAUACCCAGAUACUCGACCAGGGAACUGUGUUGAACAUCACAUGGACUACAAGAUAUGAGAGCGUAAAUUUGUAUCUCAUAGUCGGAACCGAUUAUGCUCAUUCACAGCCACUCACAGUCGGUACCACAAACACGUUCUUCACUUGGACAGUUGAUGACUCCGGAAACAACUCUCUACCUUUCUCAUUCAGAGCUGUCAAUGCUCUGGGAACAAUACAGCAGCAAGCGGGCGGUGGCUUUUAUACAGGCCAAUUCUGGAUUCGUGAUGACCCCAAUACCACUCUAGUGACUACCGAAACCACAACACAUACAAGCCCCCAGUCGAGUGCUAUCCCUACUACAACGACGACUUCAGAGUCAUCCAGUUCGGCAUCUAGCGGAUCCUCCGGAAGCACUCUACCUACGACUACUAGCACGUCAUCUGCCGGGACUGCAUCGCCCGAAUCUGGAAAGUCUUCCACGAGCUCCUCUUCACAGUCACCGUCAGCCACAUCUACGAUGUCUGGCCCUACUUCAUCUUCUUCAGAAAUAUCUGCAUCGGGGACAAUCACCAAGAUGACUUCUCCCGCACAGAUGCAAAGUUCAAGCCCAGGUCCCUCUACUGGUGCAAUAGCUGGUAUAGUAAUUGGUGCAGUCGCUGUACUUGCCAUUGUUAUUGGUGUAUCACUAUUCUUCCGAAGACAGCGAAGGCCUACAACAGACUCGAGACAUUUCGAUUCAAUGGACAUGCAGAUGGCUCAGCAGGGCCACUCGGAUCUUGGCAAGCGAAAAUACACGCUCCGAGACUCUUCGUGGGAUUCGAAUCGGAAAGGACUUGCAGAGUUGCAAGAGGAUGAGCUUGUGGAAUUGCCCAACUACCCCUCGUCUCGCCAGCAUGAGCUUCCGUAA